AUGGUUCAAACCCUUAUCCCUAAGAUUCAGCAAUACAUCAGCCGUCCGUUAACAUCUACUAGCGCUGCUGUGCUAGAUGGAACAUUACAAAUAGUUGCAAAUUCUCAUUUCACUCCUACCUUAGCUGUGGAAACUCCGGGUCUGGUUCUUGAGAACGAAAGCAGUCAUGAGCCAUAUACAUACGAUCACGUACUGCAACCCCCAAUCGACCGCAGCGGCGAUACUAGUGAUGGACGACGCGGGCUGAAACGCCGUGCAGAAGACAUUGGCAUCCAAGCCGAGGCUUUUGGAACACUACUCAGCUCGAUUAGAUCUGCAGAUGAGUCCUCGUUGCUGCAACUGCGCGAUCUUGCUCGCGAUGAUCGAGCCAUCGAAGAGCUCAUUCGAGUUGCGCGAGACAUCCUGAGAAGCAACGAGCUUCGCACCAAGAAUCAAAUUCGAUUGAGACAAGCAGUUAUGAGUAUCGGGACCCUCAUUGACAUUCCACCUAUCCGCAUUCCAGCUUCUCCAUGGACUCAGGUUACAGAUGAUGACGACGCUGUCUCACAUUCGGUGUCCGUCUAUUUUACCUGGCAACAUCAUGCUUAUCCUUCCUUGAAUAAGGACGUUUUUGUGGAACAUAUGAUUUCCAGGGAUUUGGCCAGCUAG